CUUGUCGACCUGGUUUCUACAAAGCCUCUGCUGGCAAUGUGAAGUGUGCCAAAUGCCCACCUCACAGCUCUACCUACGAAGAUGCAUCUCUGAACUGCAGGUGUGAAAAGAAUUACUUUCGCUCUGAGAAAGACCCUCCAUCCAUGGCUUGCACCAGACCACCAUCUGCUCCAAGAAAUGUUAUCUCUAACAUCAAUGAGACAUCCGUUAUCCUGGAUUGGAGCUGGCCUCUUGACACUGGAGGUCGGAAAGAUGUCACUUUCAACAUCAUUUGCAAAAAAUGUGGGGGAAACAUCAAGAUGUGCGAGCCAUGUAGUGACAACGUGCGAUUCUUACCCCGUCAGACUGGACUCACCAACACCACGGUGACAGUAGUGGACCUUUUAGCACAUACCAAUUAUACUUUUGAGAUUGAUGCAGUGAACGGAGUAUCUGACUUGAGUAUGCUUUCCAGACAAUUUGCUGCUGUCAGCAUCACAACUAAUCAGGCUGCUCCAUCCCCCAUCACAGUCAUAAGGAAGGACAGGACAUCCAGGAACAGUGUGUCUCUGUCUUGGCAAGAACCCGAACAUCCGAAUGGGAUCAUCUUGGAUUAUGAGGUCAAAUACUAUGAAAAGCAGGAACAAGAGACAAGCUAUACUAUUCUGAGAGCCAAAGGCACCAACGUUACUAUCAGUGGCCUCAAACCUGACACCACCUAUGUCUUCCAAAUUCGAGCCCGAACUGCAGCUGGAUAUGGGACCAACAGCCGCAAGUUUGAGUUUGAAACCAGUCCGGACUCAUUCUCCAUUUCCAGUGAGAAUAGCCAGGUUGUAUUGAUUGCCAUUUCAGCGGCGGUAGCCAUUAUUCUCCUCACAGUUGUGGUGUACGUCCUGAUCGGAAGAUUCUGUGGAUACAAGAAGUCUAAACAUGGCACUGAUGAGAAAAGAUUGCAUUUUGGGAAUGGCCAUUUAAAACUCCCAGGCCUGAGAACUUACGUAGAUCCGCAUACAUAUGAGGAUCCAAAUCAAGCUGUGCAUGAAUUUGCCAAGGAACUAGAUGCUUCUAAUAUAUCCAUUGAUAAAGUAGUUGGAGCAG